AUGGCGGAACAGGUGGCGCGCCAGCAGGCGGCUGGCGAGGAGGCGCGGGCGCGGGUCCAGCACCUGGAGGAGCAGCGUGGGAAGCUGCUCGCGGUGAAAGUGGAAUACAAGGAGACGGCGCGGCGGCUGCGCGCAGAGAGCAUCAGGUUGAUCUCGGAGGCGCGCGUCAAGGGGGACCACGCCAUGCGGCUGCAGGGGUGGCUCAAGCUGACGGCCGACGGCGCGGAGACGGCGCGCGGCGAGGCGGCGGCGCUGCGGGGCGGGCUGGCGCGCAUGCAGGCGUGCCUGGGGGCGGUCCGGGAGGAGUGCGCUGGUGUUGACAGCUGCGUGAGCGACAGCUACAGCGGCAGUGGCGGCGACGACGACGGCAGCGAGGGCUGGGCAGAGGGCGGCGGCGAGCCGCAGGCGCUCUCCGGCGGCAGCUGCGGCGCCACCACCACCGCCAGCAGCAGCGGCGCCGUUACCCCUGCCAACGGCUGCGUCGACGAGGGCGGCAGCCGCUUGGUCAAUGACGCGCAUCCCACCUGCGCCGACGCGCCCGAGGGGGUCGGCGUUUUGGUGCAGGACGCCACCGCAGCCGACGGCGCCGGCGGCGCAGGCGCGCUGGCUGCCUCGGGCGGCGCCGACGAUGGUCAGGCUGCCUCGCCGAGCGGCGGCGCGUGCGAGGGCACGGCCGAGGCGGUCAGCCGCGCUUGCCACGGCAACCUGUGCAGCAUGCUCGAGGUAGCCGCCGCCCCCGCCGCCGCCUCCAUCGCUGGCGGCGCGCAGCAGGGCGAUGCUGCGGAAGAGGAGCAGGUGCAGGCGGACGACGGCGGCAGCUGCAGUGACAGCGAGCACGGCCAAGACGACGACGCCUCGGCGGCUAGCGAGCAGGACUGCGCUGUGGUCGUCUUCGUGCGCGUCGGCUCCCCUUGCAGCCUCAAGGCGGGGAUGGCGGCGAUUGUCGAGGGCCGCGACUGCAGCGGCACUGGCGACGCAGGUGACCGCGCAUCCGGCUCGCCCGACAGCGCCAAGGCCGAGAAUGCUGGCGGCGAGGGGGCAGCGCCAGGCGUGGGCGCGGGCGCGCGCACAGCCUGGUGGGGCCGGCUGCGCGGUAAGGCGUGCCAGGCCAAGGCUUCGCUGCGGCGCGGGGUGCUUGCGCCCCUGUGCUUCACUGGGGCUGGGGCCGACCGCUUCUAA